AUGUCGAUGUUUGACUAUUUCGUGGAAUAUGGAACGCGCAAACAACGGCAGGGUUCGCCUCAGGUCGAACAAGCGAGUUCUAUUCGGCUUCAAGCCGCUAGAGCAAUCGGCGGUUGCCUCCGUCAUCAUCGUGAAGUAUACGGUCUCGUGCAGAUCCCACGGUAUCUGCUCGAAGCCGUCAAUAAUAGCUGUCUCGUCCUGAUCACAGAUCUUUCUAAUGAAGAAUCACAAGGUUAUUUCAGGGAGACAUGUCUAUAUCUGGUCGCGAUGAAACGAAGAUUGUCAAGUGUCAAGGAGAUGAUCGAGAAAAUCGAGUGCCUCGUCGGAGUUGGUACAUUCUCAAUAGCUGUCGGUCUCACGCAAUUGGAUGUAUGUGAACCCUCUUCCCCUGGUUGA